AGUGCUUACCGAACACGCGAAUCAACGCGGGAAUUCCUCGACACCGGUGCGAUAGUUCGAUGUUGAUGAAGCUCGCGUGCACGACGUGCCACUUCAGAUAUCAUCGGGCGCACGAGCGAUCGAGGGGAUCUCGCGGCCGAGCCGCGCGAAAAGGGAAGCAGCCGUCGAUUGGUAUACAGGGUGUACACACGGGGUACGCGUGAAGAGAGUGUGAAUAUUGGUAUCGCGAUAACGAACGGGGAAGCCUCGCGUGUCCAAAAGCACCAGGCGAACGCGCGCGCAUCUAUCUCUAUACAUCGGUGAUCUCCCGGUAAUUAACGUCAGCUGUUAGUACCAGGGAGCUCCAGUCAAUUGAAUCUCAUCGUUCUUUCUUACCGUUGUCCCUCGCGAUGUCUAUCGGAGCGAACGUGUUAGACGCACCUAAAUUCACGUACACGUUACACCCUGUUUCAUCCCCUUCUGCGACCCGAGACUCGACUGUAUUUCCCGCUGUAUCGCCGCUUUGAUUAUUUCCUGGAGGCUUAAGUCGCUACAUCUACGCCCUCCUGGCUACGAGUUACAACUCGCGGCGAAGAUUAAACGCUUCUUGGUUUAUGGCCUCGUAGCCGGUCCUUGGGCUCGGUUUACCCCGGCUCAACGAGAUUUCCCGAGGUAAUUCGCUGGCCACCUUUUAUGCAGCUGUUACUGAAAAUCGAUAGUCCAGCGAUCGUGGCUCGGUACUUCGCCUGGAAAAUACCAUCCUCCCUUACACCCGGAUCGUUUUUCCAGGGACGUAUUAGCUUUUUGCUUGCCCUCUUCGAAAAUGGAGGGUAAGAUCGACUAUAGCAACGCGUCAAGUAUCGAACAAACCGUCUCACGGGCUUCAGGGAUAGUUCUUCUAUCGUACGAAUUGUUCGCAAGUGACCGGGUAACGAUCAUGGAUGACGCUCAGUCUAAGGCGGAGGGUAAAAAGAUCGAGAAGAUUAGCGGUAAACGUGGAGAACACGCAAAGAAUCCGGUGACUUUUGAUAGUAUUUGCAAGGAAGUUAUGUUACGUGAGAAAAUAUUUCGACGCGAUUGGUCUAAAAAGUACAAGCACCUGACCGGUGAAUUUUUUAAGAAGGUGCUAGCCGAAGAAUGCAGAAAGGAGGGACUUCCGGCGGACACUUUCGAACCCAAACCGCCGGAAGAUGCGAUUAUGCGUUCACCGAUACCUCUGAAACCGUCGCCGUUUAUUCCCAGAACGACAUCCGGCAUGGUGGGCCUUCGAUCAUCUCGUCCAGAAUACAAUCUCGAGUUCACGGGUCGUUGGUACAUUUCACCAAAAUGGACGAUAGAACCACCAAUGGAAACUGAUGAAUUUCGCGUUACCCAACAACGAUUCAUCUUUCUCGGUUAAGUAAUAUCAUUCACAGAAUAGAACUAUUGGAUAUAUAUAUUUUUUAUACACAGGACAUCGUACAUUGUAACAAAUGUAUUGAAAAAUAAAUCAUCAUUGUUUUUGUGUAAUUACAAACAAUA